AUGGCGGGGAAACCAGUCUGGCUCACCGACGAGCUAUCCCAGGAAUGGGUCAACCUAUCAGCAUCCGACCACGAACAGCGAAGCUCCAAACACUCCUCACUCCGAGUCCACUCCCAGUCUCGCAUCCCACAUCCACAGACAGAUCACUCUCACUCAUCCUCAACCAAACCCCUCUCAGAUAACUCGAUCAUCCUCAACAGCCAGCAGCAGUCCUCAGACGAACCAACACCACCAUGGCUAAGAGCCGCCGUCGAUGGGAUGACCAACGAACUGCUCGGCAAACGACCCACCCAGCUACAAAAAAUAUUCCAAACCGCACAACCCAUCCCAGCCACUUCUUCCGACGACCCUCCUAUUCAAAACUCAUCCAAUCCCGAUCAUCCAAACCUCAGCUCCAUCUCUAGAGGUACCAAGCCCUCUGAAAUGCAAGGAGCGAUUGGCCGCGUCUUCUCUAAUGAUUCAAUUCGCUCCUUAUCGAUCGAUCGAUCGUCAUCUCUUCUCUCAAACGUUCCUUUCGGCCUUUCGCUCUCGCGCUCAAGUUCUAGCUCCCAUUACGAAGACUUGCCAUCCAAUCCCUCCUUUCAAUCCAUCGUAGAUCAUAAUCACCACCCCGAAGAACAAGAACAUGAGCAACAGGAAUAUGACGAUGAACCCGAACAAUUGGAUGAUCAGCCACAGAUGCUGAUCCCGCCUGGCUGUAAUCUCGAACGAAUGCGGUAUAUUCGAGACGACCGUCUGGAUCAAAUUGUUGAAGAGACUGAGCCAUCAAGUUCAAUCAAGACUGAUUGGAAGAACACCCAUUCACAAGCUUCGGUUGCAAACUCAAGAUCGCUCCCUAGCUCCUCUAGGCCCCCUUCCCUUCCGUUUGCCCAUCGAACUCCUAUCUUUGAUGUUCACAAUCGUCUCUAUCGCGUCAAUUCAGACUCAUCCCAUGAACAAAACUCCCACCAGCCUCCUCGAGAGCAUCCCUCCGAUUUACCAGAAAAUCACUCCGUUGACAACUCAGACUUUUCGACCGCUCCGAGGCGCUUUCGAUUUACCUACGAUACUUUUACUCGCAAACAUCUCAACAAACUGACCGAGGAAAUCAAAGGACUAUCUACCAAUUCUGCCCUCCCACCGGGUAAAGCUGAUACACCACUCAAAAUUAAGAGCAUCCUCGGCUCACCUGGCGAAGAAGUCACCGACAGUAGUACCAGCAUUGGACUGGCACAUUCUACCCCACCAGCCAUCAUCUUCUCAUCAGGGACCAACAAACAACGUACCUUCCAUGCGGGUCGAACUCCAUAUCGACCACUAGCAAGCCAUAGUCAGAGAUGGAAGGAAGAGAAAGAGUGGGCCGAAAGCUUUGUCGAACCGAGCUCUUAUGCAGUCAACAGUCUUUCGCCAGUUGUCGGGCGUAAAUCAUAUCAAGGUCCACGAACGUCGCAUCGAGAAUGCGAGACAUCAGAAUCUGUCGACGACUCAGUCAGUCAAAAUGCUCGACAAUCAUGCCGAAGCAGUAAGCGAAUCCGACUCGAAUCCACUCAGUCCAGUUUUGAAACGCGCCAUAGACAUUUGAGGGAUUCAGUGGCGGUGAUGAGCGAGCGGAAGGCUAAGCGACGUCCAGCAGCUUUUACUCGCGCGCAUCCAAUGGUAGUCUUCAAGAGCAGUGUUCCCGCAAGCGCCGCCUCCGGUACUCCUCACGAGAAGAGCCGGGCAGUGCCGGUGGUUGUUCGCGAUCGACUCGCCGAGGCUAAAGCGCUGAUGGAUCGAAUACGCGCCAAAACCAACGGCGGUCAAGAAGUUGAAUCCGCUGAUCUUCCCACAAACCUCCCACAAAAAUCUUCUCAUGAACAGUUCGGAGGAUCAUCGAAACAAACCAAACAUCCGCUGAAUUCAACCUCUCAGACUCAGCAAUCUCAAGCUCCGAAAUCUGUGUCCGCAUUAGCAGACGAUCGGCAAGAGCAAGCUGAAACACGAGAUUACUCCGAGACUUCCGAGCGAGAGACCUCACCAAAAUCCGCUAGACAUACCCAACGCGAUGAGGUUCACGAUGAUGACCAUGACCCUGAGCAACCGUACCACCCAGUUGAUCACUGCUCACGAAACGAUUCGCAAGCAGACUUGGACUGGGAUAUAUCAAUUGAAGAAGGUGCGCGGGAUGACCGUCAGGUCGAGGCAGCAGAAGAAGAGGACGCGGAGGGGCAAGGUCAAGAACACCGACAGGAGAUCACAAGUGAAAAUCAGGAGGAUCACGGAGAGACUUCGAAUUUACCAAAUCAAUUAGAGUCCAAUGGCCGAUCAGAUUCAGUCCACCGCCGUUUGGCGACUACUGCUGCCGCUUUUCUCCGGCAAACACUCGGUGAUUCUCACGGCAAUCAUCAACCUGGGUCAGAUAAAGCAAAUCCAGGGUAUGGGAGCUCUAGUGCUCUCAUGUCCACCAAUCUAGCUAGUACCACUGGUUCUAGACGUCAAUUCGCGACUCAGCCUAUGUCACGAGAGCCCAUCGGUCGGGUUACCCUAGAUGCACGCGACCAGUUCACAAGGUCCAAUCGCAUCAGCUCCAUCUCGAGUGCCGCCUGUACGAUGACAUCCGCCCCGACGCCUGCACUCACAACAGGUACCACGACGCGACACAGUAGCUCCAGCUCACAUGACCAACACCAGGGCUUUGAAGACGACCCGAAGCAUCCACACCACCAGAAGCUGGGACUGAUGACCAUCGCACCCGGUGACGUCGAGCAACUCCUGCAAAACGCACGGGUGGGAAAGAUGGUCUUCGAUUCGACCAUCGGCAAAUGGGUCAAACUCCGCAGCCAAUCGGAGACUGGCGGUCACCUCAAUGGCAGGGCAGUCGAAGAGGAACAGAAAAACUUCAACAAUCUAGCGCAGUUUGGAAGCGAAGCCGAGGAGUCUAGUGAAGAAGACGAUAUUUUUAAAGAUAUCGAGAGCUUGAAUAGUAAACGGGGUAGUGAUUCAUCUGGAUCUAAGUUUAUGGCCGGAGGAAUUGAUGAUGAUACCCAAACGAGCGAAGCACAAGGUUUGAAAUAUAUUGUCGAAAAUGAACGAAAUGAGUUUGCGAAGAAUGAGGUAGAGGCUAAUCAGGCCAAUACACGCAAUUCAAGUAGCAGCAAGAAGAAAGGGUUGGCCGGGAGGGGCGAAAAAUUCAAACCAAAAUCAGUGCUAAAGAUCGUCCAUGAAAGCAGCCCCAACAAGACCAACGUGAGUAUGGCUUCAUCGUCAACCGAGGAUUCGAACGCGAUGACUGGAGUUUUGAGACCAAGUCGCUCGGUGAGCUUCCAAGACGGCCGAAAAAACGGGAAGAUAAUUGGGUUGGCCGAGGGAAAUGAAGGACAAGGCGAAGAUUCAGAUGAGCAAACGUUUAGGAAUGAACAUCAGCAACCACGUCAAGAAGGCGUCAAGCAAGAGCCUCACAGGAGAAGUAACAAAGUCAUAAAAGGAGAAGAAAAGGAGAACAAUCAGAAUCAUGUUGGUUCAUCGGAUUCGGAGAAUGAUGAUGAUCAUGCUAGCAUUCAUCAAACAUCGAAGAUUCUGAUAAAUUCGAUCAAGAAAAAAGUGCGACGAAAGUCAUCGUUGACGUCCAAUACGACGACGAGCCAAUCCAAUUCAUCGACAAUGGCCACCCCUCAAGCCCGCUCAUCUCGACAGAAAAGUAGUAGCUGCAAUCACCUGAGCAUGACGACGACUACGAGCCAUUCAAAUAACUUGGUCGAGGACUACUCCUUCGAGUUGAACUACUCUAAGCUGAUCAAGAUCGUCACUGAUUUCGAGCCCUUUGAGCCCUUCUGGAACUCCAUCAAGGUCAUCAAUCUGGCCGGCAAAUCUAUUGAUUCGGUCAUCAGGUUGAACGAGAUCUUGCCCGCUCUAGAUCAAAUCGAUUUGAGCUCGAACCAAUUGAAUUAUCUGAGUGGCUUGCCGUCCUCUUUGCGGAUGUUGAUCGCUCAUAAAAAUCAGAUCAACGAGUUGUGUUGUUUCAGUCAUCUCCAAAAUUUGGAAAAGUUAGAUUUGAGUCAGAAUUCUAUGACUUCUUUGGAACAACUAUCUUGCUUGAAACACCUGAGAGAGUUGAAAGUCGAUGAUAACUUCAUCGAGGACGUCUCAGGUCUAUAUUCAGUUGAUAGUUUGAUUAAGCUCAGCUUAAAAGGCAAUCGAAUCAAGAAGAUUAACUUCGAAUGCACUCAUUGGGAUCAUUUGGAGGUCUUGAAUUUGGAUCGGAAUCAGAUUAGUGAGGUGACUGGUUUGCAUCACUUGAGGUCGACAUAUCUGUUAAACCUAGAUCGAAAUCAACUAUACUCAUUGAUGAUCGAGGAGCCUAUGCCAAAGUUGAGGGUGCUUAGGGUGAAUGAGAACCGAUUGGAAUCAUUAGAAGUCUCCAAACUGGUCAAUCUAAGGACAUUGUACAUCGAUAACAAUGAUUUGAUGGAAAUUUCCGGUGCUGGUGCGCUGCGAAAGUUAGAGAACUUGAGCGUUAGAGAUCAACGGGGCGGCGAAUUGUCGUUAACCUUGAAACAAGUUCGAGAUGUCAAGAGAAUUUAUUUAGGGGGGAACCCAUUGCCAGCCGCCUUUCCAACCUGCCAAUUCUACAACUUACUAUACCUGGAAUUAGCCAUGUGUCAAUGCCAAAGUCUCCCGGCCGAUCUGGCAAAUCUGAUUCCGAACAUCCGGACCUUGAAUUUGAAUUACAACUUCUUGAAGGAUCUGAGUCCAUUGAAGAAUCUCCGUCGACUAGAGCGCCUGACGAUCGUUGGCUCGCGAGUCAAGGCGCUGGACCGCGGAUUGUUGAGCGUGCUAGAGAGCUUGCCGGAGCUUGAGCUGCUCGACCUGCGCCAGAAUCCGAUGUGUGCAUCCUUUUACCCUCCCCUCCUGCUCUCUUCUACGCCCUCCUCAGCCGUUGCCAAUGGGAGCACAGAAAGAGAUGGAGACACUGCUCCUCAUCUCAACCAGUACCAGAUUGUCAACAAGGAUCAGGAAGACGAUUGGCACUCGAUGGACGACCGAUUUCGCAAAUCGUUGCCUAACGAGUUCUAUCUCAAACGGAUGACCUACCGCUCCAUCAUCCUCCAAACCUGCUCCAACCCUCAACACCAGCAGGAGGGCCAACAACAAGCUCAUUCGAAGUUGAAAUGGUUGGAUGGGAUCAAGAUCACCGAACUAGAGCGCAAAAAACUCCAGAAAUUCCUCCGCGGAAUCAGCCGGAAACUCGACCCGAAUCGGGAGCAUCACCAGAGCUUGGCCAACGAUCCAGGUCGAUCGGUCGAUCUUGUUCGGACUAGCGAGAGUAGUCGACAUCUUCUGACCAAGAACAACCAUGAUACCAAUCUCUCUAGACCACACUCACGAAAGAACGCUCCUCCUGCUCAUCCACCCGCCUCUCAUCACCGACAGCAUGAUGACCAGAGCAGCGCCAGUGCUGCGAGUCUCCAUCGUCUACGUACUCAUCAUCAUCACCUGAGCUCAACAACUGCUCAUGAGGAUUCUACUAGUCUCGCCUUGGUCGAUCGCAGUCGCUAUUGA